AAAAUGUUCGUCGUAGUUUUCGUGUUAUUUGUCCACUUGAAAUUGUCAAACUGUGAAAAUCUAACUUAUUUCGAUAACAAUAAAUCCAAGGACAAUUUAUCGUACAUAAUAGAAAAUUUCAAGAAAUCCUGGCCGGUGGAAAAUUGGAAAAAAUUUGGUCUGUUCAAAGAAGAAUAUUUUCUCGAAAUCAACGUCCAUUGGUUAAAAUAUGACCCGCCUUAUACAAUAAAUUAUUACGUAUCCGCCAUUUUGUACAUGUUACUAAUGAUAUUCGGAGUAUCUGGAAACUUUCUGGUUAUAUUUUUAUUUUUCAGGUGCAAAUCACUCAGAACUUCUGCAAAUACUUUGAUAGUCAACUUGGCAUUCAGUGAUGGAAUUAUGAAUAUUAAAGCGCCGAUUUUACUUUAUAAUUCGUACCUAAACGGCCCUGCACUUGGAGACGUUGCUUGUCGUAUUUACGGUUUUAUUGGAGGUUUGACAGGCACCAUCUCCAUCAUAACAUUAAGCGUGAUAUCUUUCGAUCGUUUUUUCGUUAUAAAAUACCCUCUGAAUCGAACCUUCUCGAAUUUAAGGGUGAAAAUAUGUCUGUUGGUCACUUGGAUUUACGGUACCUUUUUCGCCGUCAUACCCGCGCUCGACGUCGGAUUCGGGAAGUACACGUACGAGGGGUAUUUGACGAGUUGCAGUUUCGAUUAUUUGACGGACGACGUGAAAAUUAAAAAUUUCAUCGUCGUCUUCUUUUUCGCCGCGUGGGUGGUGCCCGUUAUAUUGAUAUCGUUCAGCUACAUCAACAUUUGGAAAAUCGUUUACACUCGAACGGAAUGUCGGAAACGGGGCGGGGAUUCCGUCAAACACGUGCGAGAAGAAGAUAAGAGGAAACAAGAGAUCAAAUUGGCCGUUACCGUUUUGUUUACUAUUGUUUUGUGGUUCGUGUCGUGGACUCCGUACGCGGUGGUCGCUCUUUUAGGGGUGGCCGGCUACAGGGAUUGCAUACCGCCCGUAGUGUCCUUAUUACCGGCACUUUUUUGCAAAACUGCGAGUUGUAUCAACCCGUAUGUGUACGCUUUGUCGCAUCCCAAAUUUAAGAACGAAUUGACGAAGAUUUGUUGGGGAUCUUCGAAAGCGAACGACAGAAAUAAAGUAUGGACAACCGAAGUCGCAAAAACAGAAAUAUCAACAAUAGGCGAUAUAAAAAAAUUACGAAAUUUCUCCGAUUCCGAUCAAAGUUUCAAAAUGCGCGAAAGCAAAUCAACCGAAGGUCAACAUACAAGACCAAUUCCAUUAAAACGACAAGGAACCAUUGUGGAAAUGAUAUGCUUAAGACCUUCGUUCAGUAACAAUUCUUCUAGUUUUAGAAGAUUAGCCAGACGAUGGUCUUCUAAAGAAAGAAAAGAAAAACUCGAUGACGCAGACGUAGCUAUAGAAAGAGUUUCAAUCGAAAAUUAAAUAGAAAAGAUAAAUGUAUGUCCUAGAACAUAGAAGUUUACAUUGUAUUAUCGUCUUUAAUAAAUUCCGUAGAAAUAAUAA